UUAGCCUUGGGUGUAUGAUGGCGUCUGCUGAUUGGGUCUCUGUGGGCAGCAGAGGGGGCUGAUGUGGGUGCUGUGAUUUCUGCCCCCAACACAAUGCUUCAUUGUGGGGUUUUGCAACCCGCGGAUCCUUCUGUACAGCCCCAGGCUUGAGCAACUCCAGCUGUGUCAGCUCCUCCCAGCCUUUCAACACUCCAGUGUUGUGAGGCUUAACUGUGGCCCUGAGUCCCCUGCCUGGAGUACAGAUGUCAAGGCUGUGCCUGCCAGCCUAGCAGUUGAUCAGAGGAAGUGGAGCCGUGUCAGCUCAGGGUACAACCUUGUGGCUGUUUUUGUGGCUUUUGUGCCUCUUGGGGGUUACAAGAAGGAAAGCAUGGCUGGUAAGGCUGGCUGGAAACAUGGUUUCUUCCUGAUCUACUCAAAGGUACUCAAAGGCUGAAAGGAAGCCAGCCAGACCAGGUCCAGAGGGUGUCCCACACCGUAUGCAGCUGCUCUUGUUGAAGCAAUGAGAUAAACAGUGAAGAGGACAGAAGGAUCAGCUUUUCCAUGGAGAGGCAAGUGGAGGUGAGCCACUGCCCCAGCAUGAACUGCACCCCCGGAAACAGGAAGUAAAAGCUAGAGCAGCUGUCUGCCUGCCAUGGCUUGUGAGCCUCCCACAGACCCUGGUGGGUCUGCUGGUCCUCUGCCCACCUCUACUCUGGAUUGCAGCACUCUGCCUCAGGGGAGCCCUGCUGGCUGGGGGCAAGAGCUUCACAAUGGCCAGGUCCUUACCGUCCUCCGGAUCGAUAAUACCUGUGCCCCCAUCUCCUUCGACCUGGGAGCUGCAGAAGAGCAACUGCAGGCCUGGGGCAUUCAGGUCCCUGCUGAGCGGUACAGGAACUUGGCUGAGAGUGCCCUUUUGGAACCUCAAGUGAGGCGGUAUAUCAUCUACAACUCCAGGCCCAUGCGGCUGGCCUUUGCUGUGGUGUUCUACGUGGUGGUGUGGGCCAACAUCUACUCCACCAGCCAAAUGUUUGCCCUGGGCAACCAGUGGGCAGGUGUGCUGCUUGCGACCCUGGCCGCCGUCAGCCUGACCCUGACCCUUGUGCUGGUCUUUGAAAGGCAGCAGAGGAAGGCCAACACUAACACAGAUCUGAGGCUGGUGGCCGCCAAUGGAGCCCUCCUGAGACACCGAGUGCUGCUGGGGGUGACAGACACAGUGGAAGGAUGCCAGAGUGUGAUCCAGCUCUGGUUUGUCUACUUCGACCUGGAGAACUGUGUGCAGUUUUUGUCCAAUCAUGUUCAAGAAAUGAAGAGGAGCCAAGAGUCAUUGCUGAGAAGCAGAUUAAGCCAGCUAUGUGUUGUCAUGGAGACGGGAGUGAGCCCUGUGGUGGAAGGGCCUGAGGACUUGGAGGAUGCUCCCCUCCUGCCCAGCACUCCUGGUCCUCAGGAGAGACCGCUCAUGCAGACUGAACUCUAUCAGCUUGUCCCAGAGGCUGAGCCAGAGGAGAUGGCCCGGCAGCUACUGGCAGUGUUUGCUGGCUACUACACCCGGCUCCUGGUGACCUCUCAGCUUCCCCAGCCAAUGGGAACACGACACGUGGACUCUGCAUGUGUCCCAUGCCCCUGCCAGCUCAUAGAAACACACAUUCUGGGCACAGGAUGCUGCCCAUUCCUGGCCAGGUGACCCAGGGACAAAGACGUUCAUCUUCCUCCAGGACUGAGAAGUGGUGGAGCAGUCAGGAGCCCAGCAUGGCCAACAGUGAGUUCAGAUGAAAUCAGCAGUUGGGGACGCUUUGGAGAGUGUCACUCAUGGAGGCCCUGGGCUCAUAAAGUGCACGCCAGAUGCCUUGCUUACAUCAUACAAUGGCCUGGCCUUGCUGGAUCUGAUGCAUGAGCUAGAGUUGACGGAGCCUGCGAUCUGGAUGGAGAAUUCCUUCUGUUGCCUGCAGAGCUCUAGAAACCUGCAGCCGACCCCAAAGGACAUGUCCCUGACCCUUGGUGUCAGAUGGGAAACUGAGGCUCAGAGAGUACGCUGCUCUUUCUGCAUUGCCUCAGGCUGCUGCUGUCAUAAGCCGACCCGUGUCCAGUGUCAGGGAAGAUUGUCAGAAGGGUGAGCCUGUUUGUGAACUGCAGUACUGUCUGGGCUUGCUGACUGUUAGCACUUGGAAAAGAAGAUCCUACUGGACUCAGACUGAUUUUGUGGUGCAGCAUGCUAGCUUGUGAUUGCAACUCCAUCCUGCCGAGCAGCAGUGGUAUUUCUGACACUCACAUUGUUCUGGAAUGAAGUAUGAUUACUCUGGGCUUGUAUGAAGAGCUCAUAGAUCUCCACAGAGUUUGAAGACUGUCCACAAAGUCCAGCUCCAAGAACUAGCCUUCGUGGUUUUUGUCCCCCAACAAAUCAUUAUUAUAAGUUGGAACUCUCCUUGAACUGGCAUAUGUUUUCAUUCCUGUUGGGCUCUUAUUCAUGCCUCAAAACCCAGAUUUCCGUAUACCUCCUGCUGCUGUAUCAUUGAAAUUCCAUAAUAAGAGCUGCUCCUAUUGUGUAUGUUUUAUGUUAUUCUAUUUCUCCCUUGUACAUACCUCUUUUCUGUCAAGACUGUAAACUCCUCAAGGUCCAACACUGUACCCAUCUCCCUUGUGGGAAUGACCUGGACUUGCCUAGAAAAAAAUAAUUCUCAAAAGUCCCAUGGAUUGGUUGCCUUGUUCUGCAAACAUGGUAGAAUAAUAUCCAGAUCAUGAUGGACCAGC